UUGAAUAGCUGUGACUAACAGAUGAGACCAGCAACAUACAGAGACUCAACACUUGGUAAUACCAAAUAACAGAGGGACUAUUCAGGGAACAAGUGAUAUCGGAAAACUCAGAAGAUUGGAAGCAAUGGAAAACAGGUGUAACGUAGAUGACAACAUAGCAGUGGUUGAUGAAGUUGCUGGAGCUGCAGUCACAGGGGAGGGGCGUUCAAUAACAGAACGGGCCGGCAACAUGGACGUCACCUCUGACAGCGUCGAAAGUGGGAUGGUGCAGCUACAAGCAGCCAGCUUCCACAACUACGACAGCAGUGGUGAGUUCGUGAACCCCACAUUUGUGGUGGAGACCAGCAGUGGUCCACCUCCUCCGUACAAUGGCAACACUGUGACGGACCAGACCAAUGGCAACGUACAGAGUCUGCCCAAUCCAGAUACCAAGGUACGGUUGAGGAUAGCCUCAGGAGGUUCAUCAAACAGCAACAUCAACAAGAAAACAUCAAGUCAGCGCAGCUCAGUGAGUGGAGGCAACUACGACGACUCCUUCACAGACGAGUCGGGCCUCAGUCUCAUCUACUCCCAACAUGAGAGGGUGCCGUUCAAGGACUUCACCAAUGAGGUGCGGGCCACGAUGGACGUGCAGAAGUUCCUCAACAACACAGUCCUGCUGCUGGACGUCCAUCAAUCCAACCUGGACGAGAUCGUGGACAACAUCCUGAAGAAGAUGCUGGGCACCGACUCCCCAACCAGCUCCGACCAGGCCAAGUCCUCUCUCUUCACGACUGACUGUGUGCAUCAGCUGAGUCGGACGAUCCAGAGCUCGGUGAAGAUUGAUGAUGGAGGAGGUUUUGACUAUGAUCAGAACUGGGUCUGUGCCAUGUGCAGCAUACCCUCCAUCAACAAGGGCUACGUGGGCAUCGCCCGCCUCGCCACACCCGCCAACUUUGGCAUGACGUGCCAGGAGGUGUACUUCGUCAUUGUCAUCCUCACCCCAACCAAGGAGAAAGGCACCAAGAAUGAGCUGGAGACAGGGAGGACGUUUGCCACGAUGUUCUCCGACAUAGAUUUCCGCCUGGAGCUGAUGGGGGCGCCUGAUGAGGAGCACUUCAAGGGCGUCCUGCAGAAGGAGACUCACAAGUUGUCAGAGAAGCAGAAGGAGUCGGAGACAAAGAUGGCCGUCUUUGAUGGCGAGGAGGAGAAGCCCAAGGUGCGAUGUGGCUUCCUCCGUGGCAUCAGGGAUGACUUGAAGAGACGUCUACCACAUUAUUUCUCCGACUACAAGGACGGUGUUGCGGACAAGAAGAGCAUCCUGAAGACGUUGUCGACCACGCUGUUCCUCUACUUCGCAUGCAUCCUGCCAUGUAUCGCCUUCGGUGUGCUCAACUCGGACAACACUCAUGAGAUCCUGACGGUGGAGAAGGUGCUGUACUCCCAGAUGUUUGGUGGGAUGCUGUUUGCCGUGUUUGGGGGGACUCCCCAGAUCGUGCUGCUGACCACUGCUCCGCUGGCCCUCUACACCAAAAUCAUCUACAGCAUCUGUGAAGACUUCUCCCUGCCGUUCCAGGCCAUGUUCUGUUGUGUGGGACUGUGGAACGCUUUCUUCCUCGUUGUCUUCUCCGUGUUUGAUCUCAGUAUCCUCAUGCAGUUCUCCACAAGGUCAUCUGAGGAGAUAUUUGCCCUGUUCAUCUCUAUCGCCUUCUCUGUGGAUGCCUUCAAGAACUGUGCCAGCAAUUUUGAGCAGUACUACUCUGUUCCUGCAUGUUUCGCCAGCAGCAGCAACAACUCAGACAACUCUGCCCUUGUCAACAUCACCACUGCCGCCACAGUCGUCAACAACACUGUCACCACCACCGCCACAUCAGUAACAACUACCAUCGCGAGCAACAUGAGCACCACACUGGGUAAUGUUACCCAGCAUGCAGCAGAAGAAGUGUGUCGGAGAGACAUCAGUAUGUUGUAUCUUGUGUUGCUGUUCGGAACUGUCUGGAUCGGUGUCACGCUCUUCAACUUUAAAAAUACCCCCUACCUGACAUCGGGUAAGCGAGAGCUGCUGGCCGACUACUCUCUACCUGUUGCUGUCAUCAUCAUGGCAUUCUCUUACGUCUUCAGGGACGUCAACAUGGGUGUCAGUUUUAACUCUGAGAGUGAGUCUGGAAUUUUCAAGCUGGUGGCAAUGGAUGAACUUUCAAUUGGUGCCAUCUUUGGUGCCAUGGGGCUUGGUUUUUGUCUCUCCCUCCUCUUCUUCAUGGAUCAGAAUAUAUCUGCCGCCCUGGUGAACGCGCCACAGAAUAAGAUGAAGAAGGGGACGGCCUACCACUGGGACCUGCUGGUGAUUGCUGCUGUCAACGCAGCCCUGUCCCUGGUGUGUUUCCCGUGGGUGCAUGCCGCCCUGCCCCACAGCCCCCUGCAUGUGCUGGCUCUGGCUGAUGUGGAGGAGAGAGUGGAACAAGGCCACAUCUCACGAAUUAUUGUGAGGGUUCGAGAAACUCGACUCACAGCCAUCUUCUCCCACAUCCUGAUCGGCCUAAGCCUGCUGUUUAUGCCAGUGUUGGCGUAUAUCCCGACUCCGGUCCUGUACGGCCUGUUCCUGUACGUAGCCGUCACUGCUCUCCAUGGCAACCAGAUGUUUGAGAGAGUCAUGCUCUUCUUCACAGAGCAGGCUGCCUACCCACCCUACCACUACAUCCGGCGGGUGCCCCAACGUAAGAUGCACAUCUUCACCCUCACACAGUUGUUCCAGCUAGCCGUCCUGUGUGGCUUCGGUUUCUCCAACUAUCCAUACCUCAAGAUGUUCUUCCCUGUCCUCAUCUUCUUCCUUAUACCCAUCAGACACAAGAUUAUACCCAAGUUGAUUGAUGCCAAGUUCUUAAACGCUAUGGACGGCCACUAGUAAUAUGUUCUGGUUGUGCAGACUCAGGUGUGAUAAAGAUACAGUUGUGUUGUGAUCAGAGACAUGGGUGUGAUGUGGUCAGAGAUACACAUAUUUGAUGACAGAACCAAACUUGUAUUAGGAGAGAAAUGAGUUUGAAGAAUUCCACAUUGACCGGUAUUAACUUGGUGCCUUUCAUGAAUGCCCUAUCAAAUGGACAGCCUACUGCUCACUUCUACAUCAGGACAGUGGGCACUUUCGUAAAACGGAAAACUAUGGGUGUGGUAAAACAAACCAAAACAGAACAGCUACUUCACUCCUGGUACUUACUAUGAGAAGUUUGAUACAGUGCAGUUGUGAUAGUAAACAUCUAUAAUUACGUUCUCUGUGUUGGUAGGCAACAUCAACGAUGGGCUCAAUUCAGUCUGUGAUUUUCUGUUCUGUGUUUCACAGUCAACACACUGAAUGUUUUGUCAUGUAUUGUUGUCCAGUUUUCAAUGUGAUUCAUAUAUUGUUAUAUUUUUGAAAGCUGAUGUAGUUUUUAACAAGGAAUGCGGUUUGGCAACAGUAAUGUUGAGUGCUAGCUGGACUGUAGUGCUGGUGUUUAAUGCUCAAGUUUGUGCUGGCUAUUGUAUUCUGUAUCAAUAUAGUCCUGAUUUUACUCAAUGUAAUCAUUUGAAUUUAAUGUCACAGAAUUUAUCCAUUGCAGAAGAUUCUUUUUUAUCAGCAUUUGUACAGGCUCAACUGUGUCAGUUUACUUCUCUGGUUGUGUUUGUACUAUUUAAAUUGCUUUGAUGUUUUAAUUGAUUGUUAAGAGCCAGAUAUGUUGUCAGCACAGAAUAUGUAACAUUAAUGAGCAUUAUUUUUUGUACCCAUAAAAUCUUAAAACAGAUGUUUAAAAUGCUGUAUGUUUUUAAUGUUAUGUUUUAUAAUCAGAUAUGAUGUAUUGUGUUUGUAUUACCUGAUGUAUGUGAUGAUGUAUUACAGGAUGUACAUAGUC